ACAAGCUAAAAAGUAAAACGUAAACUUCAUUUUGAAAUGAAUAUGAUCUCUUAUUCAUGUUGAUAGAGACUAUCUAGUUUGAAUUUGUAGUGACCAUUAUAUUUUUCUCUGGCAACCAACAUUCAAAACAAAAGUUGUUUCUCCAUUUUGUUACCCACACAGUUUUUUUUGUUAUGAUUUUGUUUGGAAUGGUUUUUACCACUAGUUUGUGCACACUUCUCUCCACACCACACCAAGGAAUGCCAUCAAUCUCCAUAAAAACAUGUUUCUCCUUCACGAUCUUUUUUUCUUUUCCCUUCAUUUUAUGGCAUUUUGUGUGGACAUUUUGAGGCAACAUGGAAGAGAAAAAAGAGUUUGCCACCGUGGGACUGGUUCCCGGCCUCCACCGCAACGAAAUAUUGGUGUGCCAAUUCGCCGCUAGGAUCAACACUCACGGAUGCGUGUGGGAAGGCAGAGACGUGCUCCCUUUCGCAUUGCCGGUGGUUUUUGCACAGCUCAUUGACAUCUUCAUUGUCACCAGAGCCAUUCACUUCCUCCUCAACCCUCUGCACCGGAUUAUUACUCCCGGCUAAGUUUGCAGUCACUUGGAUUGGACAUGAACUUGAUCUCUCCAGGGAGUGGAAUGGAUGCAGCCAUCGUGGAGUCCCUUGUCAUCUUGGGUUAUAUCGGAAAGUUCGCCGGAGCGUUUAUUCCGGCAGUCUUUGCCGGAUUUUCGAUCACCGAUGCCACGUCACUCUCCCUCGUCAUGUGUUGCAAGGGUAUCAUAGAAACAGCUGUCUUCAUAA